AUGGAAACAUCUGUGAUACUGUUGAUCAUCCUGGGAGCCAUCUCCGGUUUAAGCCACGGAGCUGGUGUGCUACCAGACAGUCUUAUUGCAGUUGUUGGAGAGACGGUGAUGUUCACCACAACAGUGACUCCAUCAGAAAAACCGUUCCUGGCAGUCACCUGGCGUUUUUCUGAUACAUCCAAUAUAAUAACCUCGAGUAGUGUCAACCUGACUGGACCAGCAUAUACAGACAGGAUAACCCUCUUCACAUCUACAGCAUCUCUGGAGCUCAGAAAUCUAGCUCUUAAUGACAGUGGAGAAUACAAAGUCAACAUUAUACCAAAUGGUGGAGCAGCACAGAAAGGAAGCUGCAAACUGGUCGUAUAUGAGCCAGUCUCAAAUGUAACAGUAACUCCCAGCAGCACAGACUUGGUGGAGUUCAACAACUCCGUCAGUCUGUCCUGCUCCUCCUCUGGAUCCUCUCUGUCUGUCGACUGGCUGAAUGACAGCUCUGAGAUUACAGCCAGUGACAGAGUUCAGCUCACUAAUGGGGGCGCCACUCUUACUAUAGUCAGUGUGACCCGUUAUGACCAGGGACCAUUCAGGUGUCAUGUGUUCAAUGCUGUUAGUAAUGGCACCAGUGAUCCAGUAAAGCUCUCCUUCAGCUAUGGCCCAGACAAUAUUAAUUUGACAUCUCCAUCAAAAGAAUACUAUGUGAGGGGGUCAAACAUCACCCUGUCCUGCUCAGCUGUCUCCAGACCUGCAGCCUUGUUUCAGUGGUUUCUGAAUGGAGACAGGUUGUCAGAUACUGGACCAGAGCUCAGACUGAUGAACAUUCAGAACAGCCAGAGUGGAAACUACAGCUGUCAGGCCUUUAACAACAAAACUCUGAGAUAUGAAACAUCUCAGCAGUCAGUCAUAACUGUACUGGCCCCAGUAUCCAAUGUGAAGGUAAAUGCCAGCACAACAGACAUUUUGGAGUUCAGCAGCAGCUCUGUCCGUCUGUCCUGCUCCUCCUCUGGACCCUCUCUGUCUUUCCUCUGGCUGAAUGACAGCUCUGAGGUUACAGAAAGUGACAGAGUUCGGCUCACUGAUGGAGGCACCACUCUCACUAUUAUUAAUGCAACCCGCUAUGACCAGGGGCCAUUCAGGUGCCAUGUGUCUAACCCUGUCAGUGAUGGCACCAGUGAUCCAAUAAAGCUCUUGAUCAUCUUUGGCCCAGAAAAUAUUAAUCUGACACUAUCUCCAUCACAAGAAUACUAUGACGAAGGGGCAGACAUCAGCCUGAUCUGUUCAGCUCUCUCCGGACCUCCAGCCUUGUUUAAGUGGUUUCUGAAUGGAGAUCCGCUGUCUGAUACUGGACCAGAGCUCAGGCUGAUGAACAUUCAGAUGAGUCAGAGUGGAAACUACAGCUGUCAGGCUUUUAACAACAGAACUAUGAGAAAUCAAACAUCUCAGGCUGCAGCUGUCUCUGUACUAAAAUCACAAGUCUCCAACGUUGUAAUAACUCCCAGCACCACAGAUUUGUCAGAGCUCAGAACCUCAGUCUCUCUGUCCUGCUCGGCUUCUGGAUCUUUCCCCUCUUUUCUCUGGCUGAACGGCAGCUCAGAGGUUACAGCCAGCGAGAGAGUUCAGCUAACAGAUGAAGGCUCCACUCUCUCUAUAAUUAAUGUGACACGCUACGACCAGGGACCAUUCAUUUGUCAUGUGUUCAAUAAUUUCAGUAAUUACACCAGUGAUCCAGUGAAACUCUCCAUCAGCUUUGGUCCAGAAAAUAUUAAUUUGAAGCUGUCUCCGUCACAAGAAUACUAUGAUGAAGGAUCAAACAUCAUUCUAAUGUGCUCAGCUGACUCCAGACCUUCUGCCCAGAUUCAGUGGUUUCUGAAUGGAGAUCUAUUGUCUGAUACUGGACCAGAGCUCAGGCUGAUGAACAUUCAGAUGAGUCAGAGUGGAAACUACAGCUGUCAGGCGUUUAACAACAGAACUAUGAGAUAUGAAACAUCCCAGCCUGCAGCUGUCUCUGUACUGACACAGGUCUCCAAUGUGGUGGUGACUUCAAACAAUGCACACCUGUUUGAAUUCAGCAGCUCUGUCAGUCUGUCCUGCUCCUCCUCUGGAUCCUCUCUCUCUUUCCUCUGGCUCAACGGCAGCUCUGAGGUUACAGCCAGCGACAGAGUUCAGCUCACUGGUGGAGGCACCACUCUCAGUAUAACUUAUGUGACCCGCUAUGACCAGGGACCAUUCAGGUGCAACGUGUCGAAUGGUGUCGGCAGUGGAAUCAGCCGGCCACUGAAUCUUUUCAUCCAAUAUGGACCUGACAACGUGGCCAUCAUGGGACCUGCAUCCAUGCAUGUUGGAGAUUUCACAAUGCUUUACUGCUCCACUAUGUCUACGCUCUAA